UCCACUUCUCACUCACACCCCUCUCCUCUCUCUCUCUCUCUCUCUCUCUCUCUCUCUCUCUCCAAGAAUCAAGAAAUUUUCUCUCAUGGCUCUUGAAGCUCUGAAUUCUCCCACCGCAGCUCCUCCUCUCAACUAUGAGGAUACUUGGACCAAAAGAAAACGCUCCAAGAGACCAGCUCGCAGUGAAUCCCCUCCUGCCGAUGAUGAGUAUCUCGCUCUCUGCCUCAUCAUGCUUGCUCGUGGCGGCAACGGCGGUAGUAACAAAGAAGCUUCGUCUUCAUCUCCAUCUCCACCGCCUGCUUUGUCUCUUUCUUAUAAGUGCACGGUUUGCAACAAAGCUUUCCCUUCUUAUCAAGCACUUGGUGGACACAAGGCCAGUCAUAAAAAAUCAUCCUCUGAGACUGCCACCGCCGUCGAUAAUCCUUCUUCAUCUUCUAACAACACUACAACCUCUGCUGCCGCCGCCAACGCUAACACUGCCAGUGGUAGGACCCAUGAGUGUUCUAUCUGCCAUAAGACUUUCCCCACAGGUCAAGCUUUAGGUGGCCACAAGCGGCGACACUAUGAAGGACCUGGUGGUGGUGCCAACAACAAUAGCAGUAGCGUUGUAGCCUCAUCGGAAGGUGGCGGAAGCCAGAGUCAGAGUCAGAGUCAAAGUCAAAGCCGAGGAGGAAGCGGCGGCUUUGAAUUUGACCUGAACUUGCCGGCUAUGCCCGAGUUCAAUGAUCCUAGAGAAGAAGAAGUGGAAAGUCCACUGCCUGGAAAGAAACCAAGAUUAUCAUUGUUGCUUAAGCAAGAAGAAACUGAAAUGGGAAUUUCUUUGCAAGAUUGAUGAACUAUACAGAGCUUGCACAUUAGGUUAAUUAGAAAAUAGAAGGAUGCUUGAUUGGAUUUAUUAUUAUUUUUAAUUAUUUUUUUUAUGGUUAUGUACAGAAAUUUAUUUAUUUUUUGGUGAAAUUCUUUGUGAUAAUUUUACUUAGGAAUUGGUAAUUUAUUCAUUCAUUCAAUGAGUAAUUAAUUUAAUUUGAUUC